AUGCGCUUAGCACGGCCGAAGUUCUCAGAAGCAGCACCGUUUUCUGUGGAUCCACUCGAUGCAGCUGGCUUCUCUCAACUCAUCGAAACAGCUCUCACUAAAAGUGACAGUGGCGAGAAAAAGCAAGACGUUAUUGGAGAUUAUUUUAUAGCGCCACAGAUGUUUGAGAAUAUUUAUCUUGGCGAAACCUUUACUUUCUAUGUCAACUGCACCAACGAGAGCGAUCAAAAAGUCACUGAUGUAUCCGUAAAGUGCGAUCUGCAAACGAAUAGCCAAAGAGUGAGUCUAGCCUCGAACAUUCACGACGUUGUUUUUGGAAGGUGGAAAAUGCUCGGUCAAAUUAUCACCCAUGAAGUCAAGGAAAUUGGCCAACAUAUCCUGAUCUGCUCCGUGAACUACAAGACGUCUUCUGAUGAAAAGAUGUAUUUUCGGAAAUUCAUUAAAUUCCCCGUUAGCAAGCCCAUCGACGUGAAGACCAAAUUUUACAAUGCAGAGGUGAGAAUUAAUGUUGAUCUUUUCAUUGUUUUUUCUCUGUGA